GCUAAACUGAAACAUGGCGCGGUGUAUGGCUCUAGACUAAAUAGCAUAUUUAUACGCUAGAUGUUGUCUGCCAAAACACGCUCUUAAAUACUUAAGUAUGUGUUUGUGUGUCGGUGUGUUGUCUAUGAGUGUCUACUAACGUUAGUCCUCCGGAUGCACCCACUCAGUUACCAUCUUUGCUUGUUCGAACAUUAGCUACCUAGCAUAGUUAGCUAGCCGACUGACUGGAUAACACUGGCGGUUCCGCACGCUCUUUAUUUCGUUACCUAUGGCUUUCUAUGAAGUCUAUUCUCAUCCGGCUUUGAUUCGGUACAAAACGAGUGUUUGCACAAAAGCCACCCUGUUCCUGGUUGUUGUUUUGUGCCUUACCUACAUCCCACCUCUCCUCGUUGCAUACAGAAGCCAAGGUUUCUGGAUGAAAAGAAGCACGUAUGAGGAGCAGCCGGUGGUAAGGUUCCAGUACCAGACGCUGCUGGUGGCAGCCACCAACACACAGGGAGACUACGUGGCCUGGAGCACCUUCCCCCAUCUCAACAACAUGCUGGGGGCCAACCUCCGGAUCCCUGCUGUUUCUGUGAGAGAAGAGGACCAAAACCAGGAUGGGAAGUUGGACCUCCUGAAUCUUCAGCUGCAUCUGCCUCUAAAACCUGAGGAGCAGGUGUACAGCGUCCAGCUGCUGCUCACCUUCAGCUACAAGCUCUUUAGGAUGUCCACAGUGGUGAUGCAGAGCCUGGCGUAUGUGCAGCACUCCUCCUCUGUCCCCGGAGCUAAGCUGUUCAUCAGCGGGGACCUGAAGCUGCAGCAGAGGACCCCCCUGCCUCACCGGGGGGUCUACAACGUUUACAAUGUGUCAGUGAUCGAUGGCUCCAGCCCCUUCGCCAGUGCGUAUGAUCUUCACAACAUAAUCAGGAGCUACCAGAAUAGAAACUUGACCACAGUGCUGUCCUGUCCCAUGCCGGUGUGGACGGUGGGACGAGCUGCUGGCUCUCCCUUUCAGAUUAAUGCAGAGAUCCGAUACCCUGUGGAGGUCAUCAGCUAUCGACCAGGCUUCUGGGAAACCAUCAAGUUUGCCUGGAUUCAGUACGUCAGUGUGCUCCUCAUCUUCCUCUGGGUCUUUGAACGCAUCCAGAGAUUUGUUUUCCAGAACCAAGUUCUAACCACAGUCCCCAUACCAGUGGGAAAACCUCACCAGUCAUGAAGUGGUCGUCAUUUGAAAUACAAGAAGCACCAGAUUGCAAUAUUAGGUACACUAUUAAAUGUCUUACUAUUUUUUACCAUCACUGAUACUCUGCAACUGAAACGUAAUACCAAAUGAACGACUGUUUUAGUGUAAGGGAUUAGCCACUAGGUCUGUUUUGUAAUUUCAUAAUACAUAAACAACACAUUUUUCCUUUGAACACUUUAAGAUGUGUCCUUGUUAUUCAGUAGUAAUGGAGCAUAUGAACCUCCCAAGAGCUUGAUGUAGUCCUUUCAUAAUUGUGGCUGUUUAUUUUGUCAAGCAAAAAGUCCUUAACUUUUUCCUGGACAUGUUUUUAUGCAGCCGCUUCUCUACAGGAAGUACAGUAGCUCUUGUCAUGGAAAAUGCAUUUCUUCUUUUGUGAGGUUCUUCGAAGCAAUGAAAAUGAAUUGAAAAUAUUUAUAGAUUUUCUAUGUUUGUACUAUUUUUAUGUUGUGAACAUUUGUGACAGUAAUAUUUUGUUCAUUUUUGUAUUGUACAAAGCUUUAGAUGAUGAUUAAUAAACGUUUU